AUGUCGUGUGCGUGCGCGUUGCAGCCGAAGGCGGCGCCGAAGGAGAGCGCGGGCGCGGAGGGCGGCAGCGACGGCGGCGGGGCGGCGGGCGCGGGGGCGGGCGACGGCGGCAGCGCCUCGGGCAAGGGCCCCGCGCCGGGCAAGGUCGGGCGCAAGCGCCGCAACCGCCAGGAGCUCAUGAUGGACCUCAAGCCCAUCGCGCCGCCCUGCGCCCCGCCCACCAUCAAGGAGGAGGCCGGAGCCUUCCACCAGCCCAACUACGACCACGACGCCAGGGACCAGCCGCUGCUGCAGGUGGGUCCGGACUCGGCCCGCCCGCCCAACUGCGCUCUCGCCCCCAACCCGCCCGUUGAGGCGGGAUUGUGGGGGAUGGGUUGA